UCCGGGGCAGUCGAGGCGACCCUACCGGGCUGCCAUGUCACUAUCUGCACCCGGAAGGGGGCUCCGAGAGAGGCUAUGCCUUUGAGGCUUCAUUCAGACGUUAUUACGGUUGCAGAUUUACAAAAUCUUGACCAGUUUGCUUUCGGGUUUGGCCCCCCUCGGCCCACUCCUCAUCGCCGUUCGAGCCCGGCCUUGGCGGCCUUUGUGGCUUCCGGCCGCUACGUAGAGAUUUUCACGCUCACCCGUUUGUGGACAAAAGAGUUGACGCCCUUUGUGACAUUAUGUCCGGAGAUGGACGGACGUCAUAUUGCAUGGACGUCUUGGCGGCCGUCUCUAAAGAGGCAUAUACGAUACCGGGCCGAACCUCCUCGAGAAUGUCCUGAUAUAGGGUUUGUCCGCAUUCCAUCUCCCCUGGCUGCAUCUGAGCAAACCACCCCUCCCUUCACCUCGCCCAAAUAUGCAUCCUUACAUCUUUGCAUUCGCUGCCGUUAUGUCAGGCGCAAAGGUCCAGCGGAGACAAGACAGUUGUUCCUCCACCAUCACGCUAGCCACUCUCUCGGUCACCACGGUAGAACCGAUCUCGAUCUACAUCUUGCCCGGCCAACUCGCCCCCACGGGGGCCACAAACGAUGACGAGCCCAUCACCAUCGUCUAUCAAACCGUGUAUGCCACCUUCUGCCCCGACUGUCCGCAGGGCUUGCAGCCACAGACAUAUACCGUUACGCAAACCUGCACCGGCAACCUCGCUUCAUGCCGGCCAGUCGGGAAUGUCUUGCCUCAGGGCUUCACAACGACGCAGGCCACUUGCAGCAACUGCCCGACCCCCUUCAGCGCAGUCCUGACUGUCCCGGCUGUCCCGACUGUCCCGGCUGUCGCCGACCCGGCCGACGUCGUCGUUACCGAGACAGUCCUCCAAACCGUCAGCGAGCCCGGUCUGACCACCACCCGCGCCGUCGUCCGAACUUACACAACCGCGCCCGCCGUGCCCUCGACCGCGCCCUCAUUAUCUUCCAUCAGCUACAACGGACGCGUUCAGACCUUUGACGUAGGGAACUUUGCCGAUGGCGCCACCGCGCCCGCCACGGUUUUCGUGACGGAGGAGAAGACCGCGACUGCGACCGCGACCGUGACCGUCAAGGGAGCGGGACGGCGUGUCUCCUCGGACAGGAUGUUGGUGUUUGGCAUGAGCGCCCUUGUUCUUUUGUUGCUUUCUUCUUCAUGAGCGUCAUUGGAAGAUUGGAGCUUGAUGGAGGCUUCAAAAUAGUACAGACGAAAAAUCUCGCGAGCGUGGUAGUUUGGGGUGUUAUCGGUUAUCUUUGGGCCCAGGUUGCAUACACCUGUUUCCCCAACAGGCCUUUCAGGCUCAUCUCAAUGUUUUCCUUUUACACAUUUGAUGCAUGAAUAUCUCCCAAGUUCCAGCAUAUAAGAGUAUCUGGAACAGUAUCAUAUACGGGGGGUGGGGGGCUCGGAAGAAAGAAUAUCAGAAUAUCAUGCAAAGUUGUAGUUAGACAGAGUCUUUUAAAAUUACGGUCAC